CUUGUUUCUCAUUUAUCACCUACGUCCUAGGGUGCUCGUAGCAUGGCCUCCACAACAUACCCUCUUUUCUGUAUGGGAAACCCCCUGCUAGACAUCCAGGUCACCAAUGGCGAAGAAAUACUGAACAAGUAUGAUCUCAAGGCGAACGAUGCUAUCCUCGCCGAGGAGAAACAUCUGCCAAUCUACGAUGAUAUCGUGCAAAACUACAAGGUGACUUACGUCGCUGGUGGUGCUUCCCAGAACACCGCCCGAGGAGCUGCUUAUCUCCUGCCGCCGAACUCGGUGGUAUUUACAGGCUGCGUCGGCGAUGAUGAAUUGGCUGAGCAACUUCGUGCAGCCAACAAGCGCGAAGGUCUUGCGGAGGUUUAUCAGGUCAAGAAGGGAGAAAAGACGGGUGCAUGCGCUGUAGUUAUCACCGGCCACCAUCGCUCUUUAUGCACCACUCUGCGCGCGGCGGAGAAAUUUGAGAAGUCCCACCUCGAAUCGCCGGAGGUUGCCCCGCUCGUUCAGGGCGCCCAGUACUAUUAUGUCGAGGGCUACUUCCUCACACACGGAACCGAUUCCGUCGUGGAGGUUGCGAAGAAGUCUUCUGAGGAAGGCAAGGUUUUUGCCCUCAACCUUUCAGCACCUUUCAUCCCGCAGUUCUUCCAAGUACAACUGCAACAAGUACUGCCGUAUACCGACAUAGUCAUUGCCAACGAAUCGGAGGCUGCCGCCUGGGCUUCCGCAACGGGUCAGCCCCCGGAGGCUACUCUGCCUGAGAUUGCGAAGGCGCUGGCCUCGCUCCCGAAGUCGAACCCAUCUCGCCCGCGCACGGUUGUGUUUACACAGGGCCCGAAGAGCACCAUCGUCGUGACCAGUGAUGCGCCGGAUACGCCGAAGGUGUACGACGUGCACCCGUUGAAGGAGGAGCAAAUCGUCGAUACAAACGCCGCCGGAGAUGGCUUCGCGGGCGGUUUCAUGGGCGCGCUCGUGGCGGGAAAGAACUUGGAUCAAUGCAUCGAGGUCGGACACAAAAUGGGCGCGAUGGUAGUGCAACAGGUUGGCCCGCAGUACAAGUAUCCCAAGGAAAAGAUUCUCUAGGGGAGGCAGUAUUCAGUUCUUAAUGGUCAAUACAUGGCGGAAUCCACGCUUUCAACAGCGUAUCGUAUAUCAAUACCCUAGUGUAUUCACAUGAUUUCCACAGCAUACUCGGCCAAGCCAUCACGAAUAAAGAUAAAACAGAGAGAUAAGUACGGGAAAUCGAGCGCGGUACACCGUACAUGUUUAGCACGGGAAGUCAAGCGCCGAAUAUGGAGCAAUGGGUGUCAUGACGAUGGCGGGGAAGCCAGGGACUCCUGUGUCAACAACUCAGAGGCGUUGAGCAUCACAUCGCCAUCGCUCUCUUGAUUUGUCCGCGGCACACUAUUCUGAACUCGGCUUGCAUGCGAAACAGCACUAGCAUUCGCAGCGGCUGAGUGGAUCAUCCCUGUGGCCUCGAGAACGGCGGCAACUGCAGCUUGCGUCAUCUCCAUGCUCAUCAUUUGGCCUUGCGCUCCCUUCCCAUUCACCGUCACGGGACCUUCAAGAGCGGGGUCAAUGACCGGACCCGUGUUUUCGGAUUGCGGUCCAUGUUCUGUGCGACUCUGACCUUGACUAGGGUCAUCUCCGCCCUCGGGACGGUAGUAGGGCUCAUGUGCUGUGAAAUACUCUGGGCCAGGGCCGGGACCAGCAUCGCCAUUAGGACCAGGAUAGUGUUCAGCUUGCACUUCGCCUGGCGCCCAUCCUCCGCGGGUCGCUGAGGUUGGCAAACCAACUUGAGGAUAAUCUUGGGGUUGAGUAUGUAUGCCCGCGCUUUGUAGCACAUGAGGACGGUAAUAGCUUGACGGGCCGCCCGGAUUCAAAUGAGGUGGGUGAGGCAUGUUGUUCGCACGAGGGGACCCGCUGCGAGACUUGGCAGCUUGUGACGGUCCUGCUGCGUCAACCGCCGAGUUCCCUGCAGCAGUGGAGUCCGUAGGGGUCGCUUCAAUCACCACACCAUUGUGUCGUGAUUUUUGAUGGCGACGAAGGGCAUCGGUCCUUGUGAAAGCCGCGUCGCAUUGCGGGCACGCGAAGCUGGGCACGGAAUGGCCCUUGGUCGUUCGUUGAUGUCUCUUCAGGUCCGCCUCCCGUGCAAACUGUUUGGUGCAACCGUCGAUCUUGCAGGGCCAGGCGCCCGCCGUCGGGCCUUCUUUCGGAGGUUUGGGCUCCUUCGGGGCGGCAGUUUGCUUCGGAGGCCUUGUUUCCUUGGGCGCUUUGGGCGCCUUCGGUUUGCGGGUCUCCUUCUUCUCUUCUGGCGUCUGCUUGACGUGUGCGCGGACCAUAUUUCUGCUGCCGCUUGUGCGCUGCUGCCGUCGUAGACGACUCUUGCCGCUGUGUCUUGGUCGCCGACGAUAAUCGCGGACGCGUACGAGUGAGGUGGCAACGACGUCAGUUCC